GCCGCUGCUAGGCGGGCGCGUCCGCGGGCCGCGGGGUGGCUCCACCUGCGAGCGGAGGGCGCGGUGCCAGGCCCGGGCGCUCCAGCGCUGUGAGGCCCGCGCCGCCCGCGCGCGCGGAGGGCUGCGUUCCGAGCGGCCGCGAUGGCCAGCGCCAGGAGCAUCGAGCUGGAGCACUUCGAGGAGCGGGACAAAAGGCCGCGGCCGGGGUCGCGGAGGGGGGCGCCCAGCUCCUCCGGGGGCAGCAGCGGCUCGGGCCCCAAGGGCAACGGGCUCAUCCCCAGCCCGGCGCACAGCGCCCACUGCAGUUUCUACCGCACGCGGACCCUGCAGGCCCUGAGCUCAGAGAAGAAGGCCAAGAAGGCGCGCUUCUACCGCAAUGGGGACCGCUACUUCAAAGGCCUGGUCUUUGCCAUCUCCAGCGACCGCUUCCGGUCCUUCGAUGCGCUCCUCAUGGAGCUCACGCGCUCGCUGUCGGACAACGUGAACCUGCCCCAGGGCGUCCGCACCAUCUACACCAUCGACGGCAGCCGGAAGGUCACCAGCCUGGAUGAGCUGCUGGAAGGGGAGAGUUACGUGUGCGCUUCCAACGAGCCAUUUCGGAAAGUGGAUUACACCAAAAAUGUCAACCCGAACUGGUCUGUGAACAUCAAGGGUGGAACCACGCGAUCCUUGGCCUCCACGGCCCCUGUGAAGAGCGAAGUUAAAGAAAGUAAAGACUUCAUCAAACCCAAGUUAGUGACUGUGAUUCGAAGCGGAGUGAAGCCUAGAAAAGCCGUGCGGAUCCUUCUGAAUAAAAAGACUGCUCAUUCCUUUGAACAGGUCCUAACUGAUAUCACCGAAGCCAUCAAGCUCGACUCCGGAGUGGUCAAGAGGCUGUGCACCUUAGAUGGGAAGCAGGUUACUUGUCUGCAAGACUUUUUUGGGGAUGAUGAUGUUUUUAUUGCGUGUGGACCUGAAAAAUUCCGUUACGCCCAAGAUGACUUUGUCCUGGAUCACAGUGAAUGCCGUGUCCUGAAGUCAUCCUACUCUCGAUCUUCAGCUGUUAAGUAUUCCGGAUCCAAAAGCCCCGGGCCCUCUCGUCGCAGCAAAUCACCAGCUUCAGUAAAGAGGGGUGGCCACUACUCCAGUGCCUAUGCUACAGCCAAAUCCCCAGUUAACGGAACUCCCAGCAGCCAGCUUUCCACUCCUAAAUCUACGAAAUCCUCCAGCUCCUCUCCGACCAGCCCAGGAAGUUUCAGAGGACUAAAGCAGAUUUCUGCUCAUGGUAGAACGUCUUCCAAUGUGAAUGGUGGACCUGACCUUGACCGCUGCAUGAGUCCUGAAGGUUUGAAUGGGAACAGGUGCUCUGAAUCAUCAACUCUUCUUGAGAAAUACAGGAUUGGGAAGGUCAUUGGUGAUGGCAAUUUUGCAGUAGUCAAAGAGUGUAUGGAUAGGUCCACUGGAAAGGAAUUUGCUCUAAAGAUUAUAGACAAAGCCAAAUGUUGUGGAAAGGAACACCUGAUCGAGAAUGAAGUGUCAAUCCUGCGCCGGGUGAAACACCCCAACAUCAUCAUGCUGGUGGAGGAGAUGGAAACCACAACCGAACUCUUUCUGGUGAUGGAAUUGGUCAAGGGUGGAGAUCUUUUUGAUGCCAUUACUUCUUCGACCAAGUACACCGAGAGGGAUGGCAGUGCCAUGGUGUACAACCUCGCCAACGCCCUCAGGUAUCUUCAUGGCCUGAGCAUUGUGCACAGGGACAUCAAGCCGGAGAACCUCUUGGUAUGUGAAUAUCCAGAUGGAACCAAGUCAUUGAAACUGGGGGACUUCGGGCUGGCCACGGUGGUAGAAGGCCCUUUGUACACAGUCUGCGGCACGCCUACCUACGUAGCUCCAGAAAUCAUUGCUGAGACCGGCUAUGGGCUGAAGGUGGACAUUUGGGCAGCUGGUGUGAUCACAUACAUUCUCCUGUGUGGAUUCCCACCAUUCCGAAGUGAGAACAAUCUCCAGGAGGAUCUCUUCGACCAGAUCUUGGCUGGGAAGCUGGAGUUUCCCGCUCCCUACUGGGAUAACAUCACCGACUCAGCCAAGGAAUUAAUCAGUCAGAUGCUUCAGGUAAACGUCGAAGCUCGAUGUACUGCAGGACAAAUCCUGAGUCACCCCUGGGUGUCAGAUGAUGCCUCCCAGGAGAACAACAUGCAAGCAGAGGUCACAGGUAAACUGAAACAGCACUUUAACAAUGCGCUCCCCAAACAGAACAGCACCACCACCGGGGUCUCCGUCAUCAUGAACACGGCUCUAGAUAAGGAGGUGCAGAUUUUCUGCAGCAAGCACGGGCCAGAAGGCGGCAGACCCGCGCCGGAGCCGCGCUCGCCCACGCCGCCCCCUGCCGAGGAGCCCGCGGAGCCCUCCCCACCGCGCUGUCCUCCUGCGGCCGCGGGCUGCGCGCGCGCGGGGACCUGGCGCCGCCACCGAGACUGAGCCCUGUCCCCGCGGCGCAGCCCCUCUCCCGACUGCUGUGGGUACCCUGGCCCCGUGCAGGGCUGCGGGGGACCCGGGUCCUGGUGUCCCCAGCUGGGGCCUGGCCCGGCCCACACUGCGCACUCUGGCGCCAGUAGCGACCUCUGCCGUCAGCGUAGAGACCGACGUUGUCCCCAGUGACUUGGUCUGGGUCACUGUUCGCAGCUCGGUCCGCACAGAUUUUGUAGAAACACCGGGUGGGCCGCCACGAGACUCCGCGUGUAAGUGCGCUGGCCAGCGCCCUGCCUCAUGGAGAACACCGCCGUCCCCCUGGUGCAUGUCCGGGAAGAGGGGACCUGAAAGCCUCCUCGCGUCCUUCAAAGUCGAGCGCGUGGCCCCUGCGGCCGCUGUCCUCCAUCUGACCCGCAGGCGGCGGGUGCCGGCACGCUGGAGACAGCUGGGUAUUUAUUAGAACACAGACCAUACGGUGGCUUCUUCCCUCCUGACGAGGAUUCCCCGCCCUCCCCCAUCGGCAUCCCGUGUCGCCCUGGCGUCCUCACCCGCUUGUCCUGGCCGAGCGCGGCCGGGCCAGGCAGGAGGUGCCCUGGACGUCCCGUCGCUAACCUGGAAGGCUGCUGGCAGUUUUCCCUUUUUUCCACCUCCCUCCUCUUUGUAAGAAUUCCACACGGUCACGUGUUUGGCCUCCCUGCUGGCCCCUGCACAGGUGGCUGUGCGCAGCUCAUUCUCCCUGUUAGACGUUCCCUUCCCAGGUCCCCCACCUGCAAUAAACUCUUCCCUCUUCAGAAAAAAGCCAUCGAGGAUGGGCAGAGGCUCCGAGUGGCUGCUUGGCAGGGCGCGUGGUGACCGGAGCUGGCUUCCAGGAAGGUCCGCUCGGGAGGACACGGAGUCUGUGGUCACACGUGUGGGAACUCGGGCCACAGCAGCUGCAGAGUGAAGGCCCCCGUGGGGAGCCGCGGCCCGAAGCUCAGGCUUCACGGGAGCCGCGAGCCAGGGCAGCUGGGCUGGUGUCAUCUCCUCCCUCGGGCUGUGCCGCCCCUGGCCCUGCCUUUCGCUGUCUCCCAAGCCACAUCUCUGCCUGCCAGCUCUGGGUGGUGACCCUCACGUCACUGGCCAGGUGCCUGGGCCGUGCUGGCCUCGCCUCUGACCCCGCUUCUGCAGGCUGCACGGUGCCCCUGCCUAGGCCACCCAGCCGGGCUGCUGACAGGACAGAGCUCUGACGGCCAGUGCUGGCCCAGGACCCUAGCACCCAGGCCGGUCCUAGAGUGCAUGUGGGCUUCCUGGGUCCCUGGCUGUGGCAGGGCCAAGCUGCAGGAGGGGCAGCUGUGACACAGGUCUAGGGUCUAGGACAUUUUGCUGUGUCUGUGCUGACUGGUGUAAUAGCUUUCCCUAGGGAUGUUGUCAUUCUAGAAAGGAAGAGCUGAUAUACAAAGGCAAUCAAAAUAUAUGGUGUUUAUAUUUUUAAAAAUUUGUUACAAGCAGUGUGUGGCGGUAAUCUCAGCACUCAGUAGGCUGAGGUGGGAGAAUCUGGGUGAGUUAGAGGCCAGCCUGGGCUGCAUAGUGAGACUCUCAAAUACUGUAGUAAAAGACACAUUGCCAUUAAUCUCCCUCAUAUGACUCUACCCCGCUUUGAACACAUGAGUACUGUCCUCCUCGUCACUGAGGCAGUUCUGGAGUUCUUUCUUAAGCAUCUUUAUGGUGAAUGCGGGGCGCCAUCUGACAGAUGGAGGCACAGGCUGGUCAAAACAUUUCGGUGUCCCCGUCCACCUUCCUCACUGCAUCUGGCCUGUGCGGCUUCCGGCCCUUCCCCAGGGUCAGGACGACCACACGGAGCAAACAGUUUGCCUUGGCUCCAGCCACUGUGGCAGCCACUGCAGUGCAAGCAGACAGGAAAGAGACUUCGAGAACUGCCAGCAAGGAGGACGGCAGUCACCAGAGGGAAACAGGCGCAUCCUGAGACCGCAGUGCCAAGGAAACAGGCAGACUUAACCACCACAUGGCUUCUCUCCCGUGAGGCUCCCCAAACAUAGAAAGACAGAAGCCAGGUAAUAGGAAGCAGGGAAGUAGAUCUCCCUCAAAUGGGGAGGGGACUGAAGCGUAAAGACGGGUGGGUACCCGAGCCAGCCCCUGCGGGACGUGACUGCACUAAUAGGAGAUGACCGGCGAGCCCACCUCGGGGAGUUAGCAAGUGGUGGGAAGAAUGCGAUCAGGUGUUUAAGGCAAAGGCCAUCUUUUGGGGUCAUGGCAGUCUAAUCCAGUUUCUAUCACAUUUCAUGAGGGUGGAGAAUAUUAAAAUGGGGAGGGGACAGGGUCCCUGCUGUCCAGUGAUACCCAAUGCCUCCCUCCCUGGAGUUGCAAGGUCCACAGUGAGGAAGUCAGCGUCACCCCAGCAGCGCUGCAGGCUUGAGGACAGAUAGCUUUGCUCCCCUAGAAACCUGGGGAGAUGCAUGGGGGUGGAGGAGGAGCCCGAGUUCCUGUGAAAGUGUGACCUUCUCAUGAAGGCUGGUGGCAUGUAAAUAGCUGGCCCCGGCCCUGCAUCAAGGUCCUCACUGGACAGGCCAGCUGCUCGUUGGCCCAUGUGCCAUGCAGACAUCUGCUACACUCCUUUGGUUUUCAGACUCCGCUGGCCCAGUGGCUGCACUGUCACAGGUUUGCUCCCUUUCUGAGCCGGGGUCGGUGUCUAAAGCAGCUGCCCUUUGGAGGGGUAGAAGGGAAGGGGUGGCAUUUCCUCUUAAACCUCGGCCCUUCCCUGCUGGGCUGUGAGUGCGUUUGGCUAAACUCUCUCAGCGCGGGGUGGCUAACUGGUGAGACCUGAACUCGGAGAUCCGAUGGUCCGGACAGCUUAGUUACUAAAGAAGGCAUUGGUUAGCGUACUGGAGAGAGCGCUAAAGCAGUUACUGUCCCAUGGGAAUGAAGUGCAAGCCACGUAUGUUCCGUCGCCAAGUACUGCAUUAAAAAAAAUUGGUUCAUUGGUAUAAUAUGUUUUAUUUAGCUUCAUAUGUCCAAACACACAUCCCAGGUAUUCAGAACAUGACUGUUGACAUGUCACCCUGCCUUGCUCUGCAUUUUUGGGAUCCGGAUUGUAUUCGUAUACACAGCGCAGCUCAGAUCUGGCCAGCCCGGUACAAGGGCUUGAAACCCGUGGGCCACUGCCCUGGCUGCCCUGCGUCUCUGGUAAUGCAUCCACGCUCACAGAGAGGAUCCAUCUAAGAUGAGCAGGUUAGCAGGUUAGACCCGGAUCCAGACUUGUGGCUGAAAUCAGAGUCCUGGCUCUGUUCUGUAACUCUCGAGGGCCCUGCCUGGCUGGCGGAAGGGCAGGGGUGAGGAUCGAGUCCCUGACAGCCCACGGCAGUGGAUUCCAUCCGGUGUCCUGAGAGCCCUGAGCAGGGAGGGGUGGGAGGCCCUGGCUGUCAGGGGCUGGCAGAAGAAAAUUUGUCAGAUAUUUAUUAGAGAUGGAGGCUGGGGAUGUAGCUCAGUGGCGUAAGUGCCUGCCUGGAGAGUGUAAGGUCUGAGUUCAAUUCCCAGUACCAAAACAAAUGCCUGGAGGUGACUGGAGGCUCAGUGCUGUAUAUGACUGUCUUAGGGUGGAGGGAGGGUACAGGCUUCAUUUCCCCAGGAGUUUGCCAGAGCAGGUAGGGAGGAGUGCCAAGUGCCAAUUGAAGUGACAUGGUAAUGACAGAGUGGCCCGGUGUGGCACUGGCUGCUUUACACAGGGUUGAUUUGGGGCUGUUGGCCAUGGGCAGCUACCAGGGACAGCUGAUGAGGCUUCAUCCUCUCGCUCAGCCGCACAGCCCUGAGAUGGAAACCGAUGCCCCACAUUUAAUAAGCUCAGCCAGCUCAUCCUGCCUGGGUGAUCUAGGGUCUUGGGGCAGGUCCCCUGGUAUGGAGGCUGCCCCGUUGGGUGCACAGAGGUGUGCUAGAGGGGAGACUUCACAGCUCAGAAGCCAGCGGGAGCAGGGUGUUGGGCUGAGUCCUGUGGUGGCAGGCAGGGCUGUCAUAUGUGUCUGUCUCGCAGGAGCCCUCUGAGUAAGACUGGGUGCGUUUGCCACAGCGCUGCUCCCUGGCCGUCCUGGGGGUGUGCCGGGCACAAAGGCCUGGGCUCAGCAGCCUGGCUUCAGCGUGGCGGGCUGGGUCCCGAGCUGCCAACUGUGGGUAAGCAGCUGUCAGGGCUCAGGCUGAAGCAGAGUCUGGGAAACAUCUUUGAAAUUACCCAAGUCUAGGGCUUCUUCUUGCCAGGCGUCAUCAAGUAACCAUUCUGCCCAACUCUCCCACCAUCCUGGUUUUGGCAAGGGAAAAUAUUCCCAAGUUUGAAGCAGAAAAAUAAUUUCACAUGUCCUAUGCACAAUCCCUGAGGCCUCAGAAUCCCCAGGAGUGUCUCAAGUGGGCCUCUCCCAGAGUGGGCUGCCCAAGGCUGCACCACCCUCCCCUGCAUUGGAGGGCAGGUCAGGACCGGCUCGGUCUAAGCCAGCAGUUAGGGCCACAAGGGACACAUCAGUGUGGUAGCCAGCAUGGGGCUGGCACCCACAGUCCUGGCCAUCGAGGGGACCGACACAGGAGGUUCUCGAGCCCAGGAAUCCAGCGUCAGCCAGAGCAGUGUAAAAGUAACCUGGUGUUGAAAGAAUGAUCUUGUAAUCAGAGAAAUGCCUCACAGACUCACCUUUUCAAAGCUGUAACAAAAAUCUGAACGGUGUAUCUCCCCAUCACGUGACAGGAAAUGGAACGUACAAGGGCUGUUGUACUUGCUGUUGUGUGGUUUUUAUUUAUCUGCUGCUUUGUGAAUUUCCCUUCCUUCAUCAGAGGAGGGUGUCUGGAAACUGCAGCCUCCAUUCCUCUGCUGCAGUGAGGUCUGGGAAGCUACAGGAUCCGACCUGAUUCCUCCACUGCCGCCCACAGGGACGCAGAGGGCAGCGCUGCGUCUCCACCGAGUACAGGGUCUACACGCCCAGCUUUCUGUGACUGUGGCCUUGCUGUGGCCCAGGGUGACCUCGCAUGAGGCUGGGCGGUCAGGGCUGCAGCUCUGUAUGUAAUCUGUCACACCAGACACUGGCGGCCCGGCAGCCUCUUUGAGCGCUGUGCUCUGCAGGGCCUGAAGCAGUGAGGUGUUCCAGCCUGGACGCCUGGGCCUCCCGCAGGCCAUCAGUGCACAAGCUGACCCGCAGGGCUGCCCUCUGUGUCAGCCACCCUUUGGGGUCCCAUGCCAGGUCUGCUAAGUACAACCAAAUGAUGCUUCUUCAGUAGGUGAGAUGAGCCUUUUAAUUGAGUUUAUGUACACAAACAUUGGUUUGUGGACACUUUGGGAACAUGAUGCUCUUUGAGAGGUGAACUGUGCACAGGUUUGCACUCACACAUUUCGGAUUUUCAUAAACUGAUCAGCUUCCUCUGCAGAGUGCCAGGGGUUUCUUGAAGGACAGAAUUUCAAGGCUUGCCUGGUCACACUGCACUGGGAAUAGAUAUGGCAAGGGAAAAUGCUUAAUUUCGUGAGGGGAUGCAUGUGACAUCACGGUGCCCAGGUCCUCCUGUCCCCCUCUGAUGCCUCUCCAAUUUCCCUUUCUCCUCCCAGUUCACUUACAUUUAUUUGAAGUAAUGGUGUUUUUUCAAUUUAGUUAAAACCAGCUAAAGAUAAGUGAAUGCUGAGUAAAUCCCAUGAAAUACUGUGCUGCCUGGAUUCUGUCCUGAAGACAUUCCUCACUGAAGGUCAGGAAGCUGUCAGUUUCCUGUCAUCCAGGGUCUAGAAACAGUAAAGGAUGCAUGCCAGAGACAUUCGUUUGCAAGUUCCAGUGGGCAGGGCUCCGUUCACUGGGCCCGAGGCUUGGGCAGACCGGCAGCAGUGGGUGGUGCCUGGCAUGUGAGUGAGGUGCUGCUGAUGGCUUGCAUUUCCAAAGUGGAAAACUCACAGGUUUACCACCAGCCAGGAUGCCAGUCAGUUACUUUACCAGGAACGUGGCUAUUUCUAUGGUUUUAAAUGUAGCCCCCUCCCUCCCAUUUUAUCUUCUGUUACUUUUCAAUAGCUUCUAAAAUAAGGAUGGGCCUUAGAUGAGCCAGGCCACACUGUAGGGUCCUGUGGUCGUUCAUGGGAUUCAGGCCUGGCUCGUGUAUAGGUGCCAACCUGCCAAGCAAGGCUGUUCUACUAUGUGGGGAGCCUCCUGUGCUCACUAUGAGAACCAUGGCAGAGCCACUCUGGGGUGGUAUGCAUGUUUUAAAAUUAGGGGUGAAAGAUUCCUGGCAAUUAUUAUUCUAUUUUAUUUAGGUUUUUUUCUUUUUUUGCCAAACAGAACUGUUCAUUCCAAAUCUUGGCUUUUAGAAAAUACCUAAAUGUAUAGGAAAAAGGAGAAAAAGGGGAGAGGGCCCAGAUAGGCAAGAUGUAUGAUGAACAGAGAUGAUGUCAGUUCUGACUCAAAAGUUCACAACAUACAAAGAAUUUAUUUAUUGGAAUACAGACCUUUUCUCAAAUAUUUUUCACAGAUUUUCAUACAGUAACCUACUAGAAAAGUAGAAUGAUACAACACUAAAAUAACAUUGUUUCUUAGUACAAAUCACUAAUCAAAAGACAGGAUGAGGUGGUUCAGGAGUGAGGGAAGGGUGUCACUGCAGCACCUGGGGGCCUUGCACUGUACCCUGAGCCAGGAGGGCUCUGCCACCUGGGCCGGGCCACCCUCGGGAGCUUUUGUACCUGCACUGACUUUCAGAGAAAGCGAAGGUUGCGAGUCCAACAGCAUUUCCAUCAUUUCAUCUUGUGCUAUGAGGAGAUCAGGAAAAAUGGUAACUAGUUCACACUUGUGAUAACUUAGAUCCUUUACGUUUACCAUUCAAUAAAAUAGCCUCCCCCAAAACACAAUUCUCUAGGUCUAAAACAUGCUUGAAGAAGAACAUAGAAAUACUUCAUUGAGAUAUUUUAAUUUACAUUUGCCAUAAUUUAAACAUUACUAUUUAAAUCCAGAAAUUUGAGUCUUAAACACAAUUGUUUGGAAAAAUACAGGACAAAAAAUACAGGACUGAAAGUACAGCAUAAAACCCUCACCCCAGUAUUGUAACUCAUUUCCCUACUGGUAAAAGCAUGUUUCCCAAAAUUACAGGAACAUGGGAAAUGUUUUUCAUAAUAUAGCUAGAACAGUGGGCUUAUUUGCUACACUGUCUGGUUUCUCUAAUUGGUGAAAAUAGAGUUCUCAUUAUGACUAAAAAUAUAGAUUUUUUUUAAACUACUAAGAACCCAGCAACUAGUUUAUGCUUUGCUGUUCCCCUCCCCCCAAAAGUCAAGCAAAGUCUACAAAAAUAGCAAUUAAAUUUUAAAAAUAGUUUGCUCAGUCAGCACACUGAAGUUACAUUCAGGUACAGUAGCAAUGUCAGUGCUGGGGGCCUUCCCUGCCCAGCCCGGGGCAGGGCCGAGGUGGGCCAUCACUUCAGUAGCGGGUUUGGUAUUCAUGAUGCCACCGGUUGAAGUCAUUGUAGAACAGGACGAUGCUUCCCGAAGCCAUGCCGGCAAUGAUGCACCUGCAAGAGGCCAGAGGGAGGGGUUUAGAGACCCACAUUUCCAAGGCUCUGGUCCUGGAGGAGGAGCUCCUCCCCUGACCAUGAGGACCCAGCACAGCUCUCUGGUCUGUGGUGAGGGCUUGAGCAGCCAGCUGUGCAGGGGGCGUCCCCCAGGCCCCAACACAGGACAUCAUCUCUGAGGCAAUCUGGAGUACUCGGGCACCAAAGAAGCCACCCAAAUGCUGCUAGUGAUAGUGAUGGGCCUAACAGGUGUGCAGCUGGUAUCGAGAAGGGAGGAAUGUGAGCCAUCCUUUGGGCCUGGUCCUCAAACACAGGGACUCAACAGUGGUCACUAAGAUGGGAGCUCCUGCCGAGGAGCAAGGACAGAUGGGGAGCAGUGGUAUUGGUGAAGGUGAUGGAACCCAGGACCUCUGCCCUGAGCUGCAUCCUCCUGCCUGUCUCCCAGAGCUGGGGUUACACACGUGCUCUGUACGUGGCCCUGGGGGCCUUUCUUGCAGCUAUUCUGAGGUCCUCCUCUCAACAGUUUGGUUAGGACCAGCCCUUAGGAACUUGCAGCCAGUACCCUUCUAGCAAAAUCAGGAGCUGUGUCACUGUGAAAAGUCACCACAAAAAAUGCCAGGGUGGAGGAUAGAAGCCAAGCGCUAAGGGAUGCAAAAGUGGGUAGCAAGACUGAGUGAGUCCUUUUGUACUAAGUGCUAUUUUAUAUGUAAAGAGUGAAGUUCCAUCAAAAAAUAGAGAUUAGCAGAAUGGAUAAAAGACAUCCUCAAACUGCAGACUGUCUAUAAAACACUCUGUUCUGAGGUACUAUAAAUGGAAACACAGUGACCUUAAGUCUAAUCAGAUAAGAGUUUAAGUCAGAAAUUGUUACAAAAGACAAAGAUACGACAUAUACCCCAGAAAGUCAAGUCAUUUGGAAAAUAUUCAAAGUUCCAUAUGUACAUCAAACAUCUGAUUUCCAUAUUGCACAGAGCAAGUAUUGAGAGAACUGAAGAGAGAAAUAGUUUUAUGAUGACAGGUUGGCAACUUAACUUUCAGUAAUAGGUGGAACAAGACAGCAGAUAAGGAAAUGGAGGACCUGGACAGUAUCAGAAGCUGGCUGGACCUCACACACAUCUAGAAUACCCACCCAUCCAGCAGUAACUAAAGGUACAUUUCUCUCCAGUGUGCAUGAACCACUGUAGGAUAAACCACAUAUUAGGCUUCAAAACAAGCUUAAUGAUUCAGUAUGACUGAAGUCAUAUAAAAUUCUUUUGAUCGUAACAGUGGAACAGAAAAUCAACAGGAAAAUUAGAAAAUUCACAAAAUUGUAGACCUUGAAUAUAUUUGCCUUCUUUCACUAUGAACAAAGUACUUGAAAAAAUCAGUCCUCUAUCAAUCAUUACUCCGUGGUCAGAAGCUCGUGGCGGAGGAGAGCGGCUCACCCCAUGGCAGCCAGGAAGCGGAGUGCAGGGGAAGAGCCAGAGGAGGGCCAGCAAAGUCCCUGUUACAGCUUGGGACUAGAUGUCCCCCCAAAGCCUCAUGUGGGGCUUCCAGAGGUGGCUGGAUCCACCGUGUGUGCUGCUGGUUUAAAUGUGUGACACUGGGAUCGAGGGGGUGUGAUUGCUAAGUGAGUCCAUGGAUUGGCUUGAUACACUUCUGGGUAGGAUUAAGGAUGGCCCAAGCUGGGUGUGAGUACUACCUGCCUAGAGGGAGUACAAGGGACAGAAAGGGCUGCUUGAUACUUGCUGCUGCUUCCCUACUUUUCUGCUUUGCUGCCUUCUGCCUGCCAUGAACUGUUUAUCCUCUGCAAUGCCCUCUGCCUUGGAGCCAGCCAACUAUGAACUGGAACCUCCACAAACUGUGAGCCAAAUAAACCUUUUCCCCUUUAA